CAGGGUCUUUUUUUGAACAAGAUAUAGGCACGUUUUGAAGUAGUGGUCGCGCGUGCCACUGUAAGACUGUAUUUUGUGCUUGUGAUUUUUUUACUUGAUUUUUAUAUUGCCCGGCGACAUAAUUGCAUUGCAUAAUUUUGAUUUGUCGCUACUAAGGGCAUUUCACUUCCUUUUUUUGUCACUGCAUAAAAACUAACACUAAAACUCGCAAUUACCUUUUACCGCGGAGCGGAAAGACCACGGCAGACGAUGCAUUCGCAGUGCUUUUCAUUACCCUCGGCGACAACGUCCGCCGGCGGGUCCACAUCGUCCUCUGGACGCCGACACCGGCAGCCAGAAACGAAACAUGCGACCAGCGGAUCAACAAGGCUUUUUACGACCGCCUUUGCCGCCGCCUGCUCAGCAGCGCUGAUCCCGGUGCAGCAAGGGGUCCACGCGGUUCGUACUUCCGCAGGAGCAACGAGCGUAGUAGAAGAUGCGGGCGGCGGCCCACGAGGACCUACUUCGCAACAAGACCCGACCCCCGCGGAGGCACUGCUGGCGAAGAGCCAGCCGAAGCGGAGCAAGGGCCCACUGGGGCAGAUAAAGGCAUCCUCGUCCAGUAAGGAGAGGACGUCGGUGGGACGGGCCCCGCCGGUAAACAAGCGACAUCUAGUGGAUUUGCGGGCCCUUGACGAUGUUACCUCCAUUGCGGCAGGGGGCCGAGUGGCUAAUGGCGCCACAGAUGAUGAUAGUAGCGCAUUACCUGCUGCUGGUGCUACAGCCAGCGCAGCUUCACCCGGUAGUUCCAGGAGCACACCCGGGCACGGGUACAACCACCUCAGACCUGGUGCCAGUAAUUAUGGUAAAGAGAAUGCAGUCGAGGUGGAUGAUGUUGAGAAAGGACCACUGCCGAGCAGUGCGAAAAGCACACCAACAGGCCGCGCAACCACAGCUGAUACGUCCUCAGGCUCAAAAUGGAGCAAGGAGCCGCCGCGUAGGUGGAUCGGGAAGCCCGGAACCCCUCCAGCGAUAG